AGAGAGAGAAAGAAAGAAGCUAGAGCGAUGGGAUCACAAGACGAUUUCAAUGGAUGCGAACAACCAGGGGCACUUCUGCUUUGUCAAAACGGAUGUGGUUUUUUUGGAACAGCAGCGAAUAUGAAUAUGUGCAGCAAGUGUUACAGAGAUUAUCUAAAAGCAGAAGAACAAUCUGCUUUAGCCAAAGCCGCUUUUGAGGAGUCUGCGAACCCUAAGAAAGUUUUGAUAACCUUGCCAACCAAAUCAGUGGACUCUACCGAUGUUGCUGCGAAGGAGACUACUGCGGUUUUGUCGAGUUCUGGAUCAUCAUCAUCGGCAACAUGUGGAGGAGAAAGUGGUGCUGUGACGAAGAACAGGUGUUUUAGUUGCAACAAGAAGGUGGGAUUGACAGGGAUCACGUGCAAGUGCGGAUCAGUUUUCUGCUCGCUUCAUCGCUACCCGGAGAAGCAUUCAUGUGAUUUCGACUACAAGAGCGUAGGAAGAGAAACGCUUGCAAAAUUGAAUCCUCAGGUCAAGGCAGACAAGAUAGAAAGGUUUUAAUUUUAUGGAUUUGGGGUUCUUAGGAUUUAAAUUGUUACGAUCGGGAUUAGUUUUCGUAUUUUUUUUUACAGUUAGAUGUAAUUUAUUUCUUCUUGAAUUGUGAAUAUAAGUAAAUUUUAAUUUGA